AUGGCAUCGAAGCAACACGCCAUCAAGCCGUCUGCGCGGGCGCUCGCCAAUCUUGAAUCCGGGGCGUUCAUCGAUCUCGAAAAUGAGGCGGGCAAACUCCCACAGUACGACCCCAAGAUAUGUCCUGACGGUCUUAUCGACCUCUCUGGAGCCAUCAACAGCCUCAUGAAUGAUGUUUUGGAGGAGGAAAUGACCAACUUUGAAAAGUCAUAUAGUCUCAGUGAAGCUAUGAAGUAUGGAGACGUUAUGGGGCCCAAAGGCCUUUCUAAAGCCGUCAGUGAUUUUAUGAACCGUCACUUCAGCCCGGCUCGAGCUCUGAGCGCAGAUGAUAUUAUAGUCACCAAUGGCGUCACUUCGCUCAUCGACAUGAUGGUGUUUGCCAUGUGCAAUCCAGGGGAGGGAAUAAUGGUCAUAACUCCGACUUACAUGAUGUUUCCUCAUGAUGUCUGCGCCAGGACAGGCGUCAAUCUCAUCAACGUCGAUCUCGACACCAUCGAAGACCAGUUCGAGGUCAAGGACUCUGCAAAAGUUAUGAAGGCUCUGGGCAAAGCAUACUCUGCUGCCCAGAAGAGUCGCGUUACUCCCAAAGCCCUCCUUUUGUGCAACCCAAGCAACCCGUGCGGACGGACGUAUCCACGCGCCACCCUCAUCGAGAUCGCCAGAUUUUGCGGCCAGCGGAAGAUGCACCUGUUAUCCGACGAGAUUUACGCCUUGUCUACCUUCACUCCGUAUGACCGGGCAGCUACACCCUUCACAUCUGUGCUAAGCAUCCCAGAUGACCCCGAAAACGGGGUGUUUACCGAAAACAUACACUGCAUGUACGGCGCGAGCAAGGACUUUGGCUGCGGCGGGCUAAGACUCGGGUUUCUCGUCACCCGUAACGAACUCCUUUGGCGUUCUGUAAGACGGCUGGUGCUUUUCACGUGGGUGACGAGCUUUUCGGCCGCUUUUUUCAUGCACUUUCUGCAGAAUGAGGAGGCAGUCGACCGAUAUGUGUCCGUCUAUCGCGAAAGGCUCGGGAAGCAGUACGACUUCACUGCCAAACUCCUCGACAAGUACAGAAUUCCGUUCUGGGAGGCCGAUAGUGGGGUCUUCAUCUUUGUUAAGUUGACGAAAUGGCUCGACUCCUUCGCAGGCGACGACCACAGCCCCGUCCAUGCUGUUACAUACUCUUCGUCUCCCGGUACCUACAUCCUCACCGGCUCCGCAGACCGCACCAUCCGCCUGUACAACCCAGCAACCCAGGAUGCCAACCCCCGCUACACCUCCAACCUCACCACCAGAACCACUCCUCGCGUGCCUGAGGGCCGCAUGAUCCAGAGCUAUGCCUCACAUGGCUACGAAGUACUUGACCUAGCCGUCGCGGCGGACAACGAGCGCUUCGCCUCCUGCGGCGGCGACCGCGCCGUCUUCCUGUGGGACGUCGCAUCCGCCACAACCCUCCGCCGCUUCGGCGGCAACGUCCACGGCCAUUCCUCGCGCAUCAACUGCGUCGCGUUCGGCGGGGACGGGGACUCGCUUGUCAUCUCGGCGGGCUUCGACACCAGCGUGCGGGUCUGGGACUGCAAAUCCAACUCUGCGAAGCCGGUGCAGGUGAUGGACGAGGCCAAGGACUCCGUCACGGCGCUUGUCGUCAGAGACGCAGAGAUUGUCGCGGGCAGCGUUGACGGGCGGGUUAGGAGCUACGACGUGAGGAUGGGGAAGUGCAUUACUGAUACUAUGGGGGCGAGUGUCACGAGUUUGAAGCUCACGCGCGAUGGCAAGGCGAUGCUGGUGGGCUCGCUCGAUAGCAAGAUCCGGUUGAUGGAUCGGGACAGCGGUAGCUGCUUGAAGACUUAUGAGGAUGCUGGAUGGAAGAACGAAGAGCUGCGUGUGCAGAGUAUCCUCGGAGGGAAGGAGAAGUAUGUGAUAGCUGGAGACGAGUUGACUGCCGGUACUGGGCCGGCAGGAUUAAACGGGGAGGGCAAGAUUUGGGCCUGGGAUUUGUUGACCGGCAAGCUUGUCGCGACAGUCAAGGUCCCAUGGCCCGAAGGCUAUGAACCCAAAAAGAAAGUGCUUGGGAAGGACGGAAGGGAGAAGGAGAGGAGCAAUGUCAUUAGUUGCAUGGCCUGGCGAGAUGACGGAUGGGGAGACCAGUUCUGUGUCGGCGGCACGUCUGGCGUCGCGACUGUUUUUGGCUCGUUAUAA